AUGUUCCUCCUCUUCCAGACCCCCAAUCGGCCCUCUUUUUCUCUCCCUCUCCCUCUUUGCAUCCCUUCUCGGCUCUCCACUCCUCCCUUCUCCUCCCUCUUGUAUUGUCUGGGCUCUUCGACUGGUAUCUCUUUCUCUAUUUUCUUUCCCCGCAGUUUGGCCCUGUUUUAUUGCCAGCUUUGGAGAGGAGCUGGCUGUCAGGGAGGAAGGAAGGAAGAUAGGUUGGAAUUUGCGAGAGCAAAGCGGAAGGCUGGUAUAUGGAUAUUCCCAUGAUCGAAUUGGGCAGCAGCAGCUGCGGCGAGGAAUUGGUUCCCCCAUGGCUGAAGCCCAUGCUGAGGACGAGCUUCUUCGUCCCUUGCGAAGUCCAUGCCGACUCCCACAAGAGCGAGUGCAACAUGUACUGCUUGGACUGCGUCGGUCACGCGCUCUGUUCUUAUUGCCUGGGGGACCAUAAGAAUCACCGUCUUGUUCAGAUACGGAGGUCGUCGUACCACAACGUGAUCAGGGUGUCGGAGGUGUCCAAGUUCAUAGACAUCUCGUGCAUCCAGACGUAUGUGAUAAACAGCGCCAAGAUUGUGUUUUUGAACGGGAGGCCGCAGCCGAGGCACGGGAAGGGCGUCACCAACACCUGUGAGAUCUGCUGCCGGAGCCUCCUGGAUAACUUCCGCUUCUGUUCCCUUGGAUGCAAG